UUGUCGGGACAGGCUGCUAGCACAGAUAGACAUUUUUGUUCGCAAUUUCGAUGCUUUCGUGGCCAUUGUUAUGCUUUUUGUGGACUCAUUAUUUUGUAAAUUUAGAAAUGUAGUGUAACUUGAGCGAUUUAACAUACAUAUAUUUAUGAUCGCAUUUCGAAUUUAUUACAUUCUGUGCAAACGUCAAGGAAACUACUGUUCUUGCGUUUUACAAUAUGUUGACUCAGCAAUACAAAUCAACGAUCAACGAAUCAAUCUCAAAAUUCUCAUUUUUGUAAUUAUAUCAUUAUAUUAUAAAUAGGUUCUAUAACAUGGUUGAUGAAGAGACUCGAAAAAUAUUAAAAGAUUUGAAGCUGGAAAAUCUCAUUGAAAAUUUUGAAAAAACUAGAUGACGAAAAAGAAAUUGAAACUUUAAUUAAUUUACUUGAUUUGAGUAAUGAGAAUCCACAAAAUAAUUGUACAAAUGAUUUCAAACAAUCUAUGAUAAAUUUAAAGGACUUACUUUUAAAAUAUAAAAUAGGCCAACAGAUUUUAAAUUAUUAUGAAAGAGAAAAUCAACUGCAAGAAAAUUGUAGAAAUAAGUUGUGCGACAUUAUCAUUAAUGACAUCGAAAAAUGUAAAGUAUGUUUUUAAAUAUUUUAUCUUAUUUUUAUUAAUAUAUUUUUUAAUUUGUUAUAUUGUUUUAUUAAUAUCUUUCUACUGUUUUAUAUAGAUUAACAAAUGAUUUGGCUGAUUAUAUAUCAAAAAACAUAAUUAAUACUUUUCCGACUGAAGUAGCCAUAACAUAUUAUAUCCCACUUGUAUCAAAGAAAAAUUCUGUUAUUAAAAAAUCCAUGGUUGCGCGUGGAAAAAUAAUGAACAUGUGGCGAAAUAGAUGUACCUUAUAUAAAAAGUUCGGAACUAAAUUGAAAAAAGAAGAAAAUGAAAAAGAAAAUAAUGCUCCACAGGAUAUAGAUCAAAAAGUCCAAGACAGUAUGAAAUGGUUAGAUGAGAACGUUGCUCCAUGGGAACUAGUUCUUCAACAUUGGCUAACUACUUUUGAUAUUAGACGGAAAGAUAUUAACAAUUUUGAAGAAAAAACUUUGCAUAAUCUACUGAAUAGAUGGUCUGUUUUGAAACAUCCACAGGGAUAUCAAUUAAUUGUUCAAGAUUUUGAUACAAUGAAUUUAAGUAAAGUAAAAUUGGAUUUAAAUAUAUGGCAACAAUUUGUGGACGUUAUAAUAAAACAUUCAACAUGUAACAUUAAAAAUGACGAAGUAAAUUUAAUGUUACAAAAGUUAAAAAAUAAGGAUAUUUUAGACGAUACAAAAGUGGCUAUAGGUCUUAUGUUACUUCCACAUUUAAUUCCGCCAAAAAGCCUGAAGAAAUAUAAAGGCAAAUGUUAUAAACCCUCAAUAGCUAACGCCAAAGAAAGCCUGAUAAAACAUGCAAGCAUUCCUGGAGACAUGAUUCUAAUCAGACAAGAAGCAAGAAAACGUGCUGAAAUGUUAAAUUUGACGUUACAACCGUAUAUAGUCAUUUUAGGUUCUCUUGACGAAGUAAAGAGACAUACAUUCAAGUGGACGACAUUUUAUAUAAAGCAAAUAGUACUUUAGAGGCAAUUGAUGUAUGCUACAAAACAUACCAUGUUUUUCAAGUAAGCUACCCUAUAAUGAGUGAAUACCUUUGGAUGCUAAUCCAAAAAGGUAUUUAUCACUUUACUACAAAGUGGAAUUUUAUAAUUCCUAAUAUGGAGUAUAUAUUAAGUAAAGUAACAAAAUCUUUUGAAAAAGCUAUUAACUCUAAAAGUACUGAUGUUUAAAAAGUAUUUUUAAAUUUUUAUUAUUAAAAUUAUAUUUUUUGUAAAACUUUUAAUCUAUAAGUUUAAGCUAGUAUAAGUUAAAAAUUUUCUUGUUUUGUAUAAAUAUAUUUAUUAGUUAUAUGGUAGUCUAAUUUUUUACAAUAAUUCUUUGUUUUUUUUGUGAACACACAUUUUCAUCGAUAGAUACUUUAAUGUUACAUAUAAAACUGAUUGUGAGACACAAGUUGCUUAUGAAUUCUACAGUGAAAUGUAAUUUUGAAGACUGCAUAGGUAGUUUUAAUAAUAUUUAUUCAUUGCGGAAACAUGUUUUAAAUACGCAUUGUAAAAUAUUAUCUCAACAGAAUGCUUGUAUAAAGCAAAAUGAAACAUUAACAAAUAAUGGAACAUUAAAAACUAAUGUUGAAACUUUUUAAAAUAAUGUACCAAAAUGCAAUGUCAAAAAUAAUUUGCAAUUUUUUAGUACUGAAAUGUUAUUUGAUGUGAUUGAUAAUACUGACGAAAUUAAUACUGAAUUUUUCAAAAAUAUAGUAUCCGAAUAUUCUGUUCGGUUUGUAACAAAAUUGUAUGCUACUGGAAAUUUAAAUAGAAAAUGUAUUCAUGAAAUAACAAAAAAUAUAGAAAUAAAUUACAUUUCCAUUUGUUUAGAUGUUUUAUCUAAGAAAUUUAAGGAUGUAAAAGAUUUUGAUGUUUUUUUAAAUAUUAUAAAAAAUGGCUUCAAAUUAUUUAAAUCAGAAUAUAAAAAAUUACAGUAUUUACAAGAAAGAGAUUGCUUGUUUAUGCCAAAAUUUAUACGUAUAAACUCUAUUUUAUCAUUUGUUAAAGUUAAGAAAAAAUAUCAAUCGCAUCUACAACAUAAAAAAUUAAGUAUAAUACCUCUAAAGUUAAUACUAAAAAAAUUUUUAGAGCUUCCAAAUGUAUAUCAACAAAUAAUGUCGCAUAUUGAAAAAAGUAAAAAAAAUGAAUAUUUAGUUUCUAUAUUUCAAACUGAUUUUUGGAGGUCUGUUGAAAAGAUUGCAAAUGGUAAAUUUAUUUUACCACUCAUAUUCUACUUUGAUGAUUUAGAAAUUAAUAACCCUUUGGGUUCUUGUAAGAAUAAAAAUAAAAUUGGUACAGUUUAUUGUCGUAUUGAUAGUUUACCAAAUGAAUUCUCCAGUUUAUUGGAAAAUAUCUUUUUAGUGCAAUUACAUAAUUAUCAAGAUCAUAAAGUUUUAGGAAAUAAAAAAAUUUUUAUUCAUGUCAUUAACCAAAUUAAUGAACUUUAUACUAACGGAAUUUUUAUUAAUGUAGAAGGAGAGACAAAACAGUUUAUUUUAUUUUAUCUCAUAUUGUUGGUGAUAACUUAGGUCUCAAUACGAUUCUGGGCUUUACCAAAAGCUUUAACUCUUCUCACUGUUGUCGUAUAUGUUACAUUUCCAAAGAAGAAAUGCAGAGUACAAUAAUUGAAAACAGCAAUUUAUUAAGAAAUGUUGGAAACUAUAAUAAACAUUUUGUCGAGAAAAGUCAUGGAAUUGUAGAAAACUGCGUUUUUCAUAAUAUUAUAAACUUUUACGUAACUAAAAAUAUAUCAGUAGAUCCUAUGCACGAUCUAUUGGAGGGUAUUUGUAGAUACGACAUUGCUAAAAUUUUAUAUGAUCUGAUAUGUAAUAAGAAAGCAUUCUCUGUAGAGAUACUUAAUGAAAAAAUUAAGAAUUUUUCUCAUUUAUUUGAUAAAAAUAUUCCUAUUAUAAAAUUAGAAUCUAUAAUUAACAGAAUGAUUAUCCUAUCCGCAUCAGAAAUGUAUUGUUAUUUAAUUUUUAAUCUUGGCCUAUUUAUAGGCGACUUAGUUCCUAUUAAAAACUCAGUAUGGAAACUAUACGUGAUGCUACGUAAAAUAGUAAAUAUUUCUAUGCUGGAAUCUAUUACU